CCGGAGGAAAAGAGGAGAGGAGGGAUCCGCACGGCUCCGGUGUCCCCUGAACUCGCAGCCCUCCCAGGAUCAUCGCCCGCCAUCCCGCAGACAAGGAGCUGAAGAUGGAGACCAGGGAGGACAAAUCCCCACGGCAGAACCUCGUGGACGAGGCCGUUUUGAGCGGCUCCACGGCGCAGGAAUCCGAGGGGGAGGAAACGCCCCAGAGAUCCCGCAGGAGGAGGGACUCCAACCCCAGCCCAGGAUGUUCUGAGGAGGAAAGACCCACCCUGUGCCGGGAAGGCAGCUGGAGAUCCAGCCGGGGCUCUGAGCUGGUGGUCCGUGAGCAGCUUCAUGAUGGGGAGAAGCCCCACAAGUGUUUGGAGUGUGGGAAGAGCUUCAGCUGGAGGUCCCGCCUGAUUCGCCACCAGAUGAUCCACACUGGGGAGAAGCCCUACGAGUGUCCUGAAUGUGGGAAGGGCUUCAGAGACAUCCCUGGCCUGAUCAUCCACCAUCGUAUCCACACUGGGGAGAGGCCCUUUGAGUGUGGAGAAUGUGGCCAGAGCUUCUGUCGGAGCUCCCACCUGACCUCCCACCAGAAGAUCCACACUGGGGAGAGGCCUUACGAGUGUUCCGAAUGUGGGAAGAGGUUUCAGACUAGCUCCCUUCUCCUCAUACAUCAGCGGAUUCACACGGAUGAGAGGCCCUACCUCUGCCUCGAGUGCAGGAAGGGCUUCAGGUACAACUCCCACCUUAUCAGGCACCGGCGCAUCCACACCGGGGAGAGGCCCUAUGAGUGUCCUGAGUGUGGGAAGAACUUCAGGACUAGCUCAGUCUUGAACCAACACCAAUGGAGACACCGGUAAGAGAAGCCCUGCGAGCUCCCCGACUGCAGGAGGAGUUUUGUCCUCUGCUCUGACUCCAUCCCCCUGCAGAGGACCCACAUUGAGGAGAGCCUUGGUGACUCACAUUCCUGGUAAUCCGGGUUGGGAGGACACCUGAGUGGUGGUCUCUACAUCCUCCUGGAUCCCUGUGGGUGCUUGGAUGUACGAUGGAGCAGGAACAUUUUGACUUCACACCCUAAAAAAUCUGCUCUGUCCAGUUGUUUCUCCUGGUGGCAUUGAGCAAAGCUGGAUGAUCCUUGGAGGUCUUUUCCAACGUAAAUAAUUUCCAUCUUCAUCCCAUCAAAACACUCAGAAUUACGGUAAAAAUAAAGACGUUAAACAAAGCGA